AUGACAACAAUGACAGCCGCAAGCGAAACGCAGGACGCGCAUCUUCCUCUGACGACGACCUUCACGCCCCCGGAUUCCUGCAUCAGCAACCUGUGGCUCGGCAGUACCAGCGAGAAGACAUGGAUGAACCUGGGCCCGAUAACUCGAUCGGAAUGUCUCCCCUCCGGCUGGCAGAAGACAGAUUAUUAUUCCCCGGGCGUCUGUCCCACAGGCUACGGAAUUGCAGCCAGCGGCACUGUCAUUGACGGCUCUGUCACCGAAACCGCAGCAACCUGCUGUCCAACACUCGACGGCCACACAUACUUCACCCGACCACGAGAAUCAUCUACCGCCUCCGAGUCCCUCGACUGCCUAUGGAGUCCUGGCCCCGACGUCACCACCGAAUUCGUGUAUUCCUGGACCGGCGAGGACGGGUCCACCUCGAGCACCGACACGGCGUUGAGCAGCGACGACCAUGUAAACGCAUACGGCGUCUAUAUCCGAUGGCAGUCGACUGAUUCCAGCUCGCCGGUUUCGAAUACCGCCGCCAGCACUACCGCAGCUGCGACAUCCUCCGAGACACCCGCCGACUCGUCGUCGGGCGAGUCGGGGCUCUCAACAGGGGCUAAGGCGGGUGUUGGUGUUGGAGUUGCUGUGGGGGUGAUUCUGGCUGUAAUAGCGCUGGCGUUGUUCUUCCUCCGGAGACGAAAUAGUCGGCCGGCGCAAUAUCAGCAAACCCCCGAGGAUGCAGGUGCGGUGGGAUUGGCGUAUCAACCGCGCAGCGAGAUGCCGACGCAGUAUUCGCAGGGGCUGGGGAAGCAGGUUGUCGAGCUGCCAGCAGGGGAACAUACGGCGGAGCUGGAUGGGUUCAAAAAAUGA